CUAUUUUUAUUUGAAGUAUAUCCGAAGAUAUUAUGAGGUAUGAGAGGGAUAUUUUGUCACACAUAUCGUGAAUCUUCUAUAUAAGACAAUGUCUGAACCAGAAUGUUGUCUGCAAGAAAAAGUAAGAGGUGGAAGUAAGAUGAAUCCAGGUGAUCUGUUUGGUCACAUAGGAUCCGUAGUUGGUUCCUUGAUGUUUGUUUGGGCCAUGUUUAAGCAAUUUUUCCCUUACCAAGUUGUCAACCAAAUUGAGAAACACUCCCAAAGAUUGGUGACUUAUGUGUACCCUUAUAUCCAAAUCACAUUCCAUGAGUUCACAGGUGAGAGACUGAUGCGAAGUGAGGCCUAUUCUGCCAUAGAGAACUACCUCAGCUCCAAGGCAUCAACACAAGCAAAGAGACUCAAAGGUGACAUAGGGAAGAACAACCAGUCACUUGUUCUCAGCAUGGAUGAUCAUGAAGAAGUAAGUGAUGAGUUCAAUGGUGUGAAGCUUUGGUGGGCCUCUGGCAAGCACAUUUCCAAGGCACAGUCCACAGUUUCCUUCCACCACCCUAUGUCAGAUGAGAGAAGGUACUACAAGCUCACUUUUCAUAAGAGAAACAGAGAUGUGAUCUUAGGGACAUAUCUUAACUAUGUUAUGAAAGAGGGUAAGGCCAUUAAGGUGAAAAACAGGCAAAGGAAGCUUUAUACCAAUAGUGGUUCUUAUUGGAGCCAUGUGGUGUUUGAGCACCCUGCAACAUUUCAAACACUGGCUAUGGAUCCUGAGAAGAAGGAAAUGAUCAUUGAUGAUCUCAUCACAUUCAGCAAGUCAGGAGGGUUCUAUGCAAGGAUUGGGAGGGCAUGGAAGAGAGGGUACCUACUUUAUGGACCACCAGGAACAGGCAAGUCCACAAUGAUUGCUGCUAUGGCAAAUUUGUUAGGAUAUGAUUUGUAUGAUCUUGAGUUGACUGCUGUGAAGGACAACACUGAAUUGAGGAAGCUUCUGAUUGAGACCUCAAGCAAAUCUAUAAUUGUAAUAGAGGAUAUAGAUUGUUCACUUGAUUUGACUGGCCAAAGGAGGAAGAAAAAGGAAAAGGAAGAGCAAGAGCAAGAGAAGAAUCAUCCAGGGCAAAAACAACAAGGAAUGCAAGAUAAAGAUGUCAAAAGUAGCCAGGUAACACUUUCUGGUCUGCUUAAUUUCAUUGACGGGUUAUGGUCUGCAUGUGCGGGUGAGAGAUUGAUAGUUUUCACCACAAACUAUGUGGAGAAAUUGGACCCUGCAUUGGUCAGGAAAGGGAGAAUGGACUUGCACAUAGAGUUGUCCUACUGUGGCUUUGAGGCAUUCAAGUUAUUGGCUAAGAAUUAUCUUAACAUUGAUGCACACCAUCUGUUUGGCACAAUAAGUGAACUGCUCAAGGAAGUCAAAAUUACUCCAGCUGAGGUUGCAGAACAUUUGAUGCCUAAAAGUGCUUCUGGGGAUGCAGAAAUUUACUUGAAAAGUCUGAUUCAAGCACUAGAAUUGACAAAGAUGCAAGAAAAAGUUGUGCAUGGUCCUCAUUGGACUGGAAAAUAGUCAAAUAGUGUGGAUACUUUUCUAAAUAACUUUUAAUAAUACUUGAUGAAGUAUAUUUAAUA